GCUCUGGUUUCAUUAACCAGGAAACAGAAACUCAGAGGAAGUCGCAUCAGCUGCACACAAACACAGAGCUCACAGAGCUCAGUCAACAGCUCCAUCAUGCAGGAUGGAGUACUCAGGAAGAAAGGGUAACCUGUUCGUGGCUCUACUUCUUCUCUUGUCCUCGACAUCAGCAGUGCAAGUGCUCAAUUCCAUCAACGAUCUAAAAAAACUCAACUUUGGUCUGUCUGUGCCCACGCACAGUCUUUUGCUUCUACACUGGUUUGCCAAUGAAGUCGACAUUGACAAUAACAACGUUAUAAGACUAACGUUCAACCCCGAUAAUGGCGACUACGGCUCACAUCACUAUGGCAACUACGAACGGAUGCUGGAUCCAUUGCCCCCCGGAAACAUCAGAUAUCGAUACUUUACCGUUGGUAACCUCAAUCACGAGUCGUCGUCUGAGCUCCCAUCUUACGUUGUCCAUCCGCGAGUCGGAUAUGAGGGCAGAAACAGGGACCGGAUCAUAUUUAGAGUCAGGGAGCAGAACGCGGGACGGCAAGCUAGGCACAUAAUCGACAGAGUCUACAUCACCCAACAUUUUGAGACAUCCGAUAAUCAAGGGACAAGGUAUGAUCCAGCCAAUACACAACAGGUCACUACCAGCCUCCUGAGACAGAUAAGGGAAUUUUCUGUGGAGCAAAAUGACUUGACCACACUAACAAACCUCAGAGAUCGCUUCAGAAGCAAUGCUGAUUAUUCCCAGCUGAGGGAAAUCAGAAACAUGUGGAGUGACCUGGCUUGUCUGGGUCUAUUGCUGUUCAUUGUAAUCCAGGAGAAGUACUCCUUCCACCAGCCUCAAAACAACAAACGUCAGCCUUCGGUGAGAAGAAACACACAGCCAGAUCAUGUCGUCAGGAUCCCAGAGAGCAGACCAAAACGAAGCUCUGAGGUGUCCAUAAGAAUCCCUCAGCAUCACAGUGAUGAUAUUACCCUUCAGGUGGUGACAGGUUCAGGAGGAAAAGCCAGAAUCAUGUGGAGGAACGUCCCCGUGAGCGACUACAAAAGAGGUUUGAUGGUCGCCCUUUAUAGCAGCAACGAGCAGGAGGAAGCGUUGAUUUAUAAGUCUACGGGAAAUGCAAAAUCAGGCACUUAUGACACGUCAGUAAUGCUGAAUGAAGGCCUGCAGGUCCGGCUUCAUGAAGUGACAAAACUAUGUUGUUUCUGGUCCCGUCCUGGAGAGGAGAUACACAGGGGCCCGGAGUUUAAAAAUCCCACAGCAGCAGUCAGUAUAAGAGGCUACAAAGCAAGCCUGCAACUUUUUGCAAAGGGUGGCAAGGCCUGCGCUCGCUUAUAUGUGAACAACUCUUUCACCGACUGGACGUCCAAAUUCAAAGACUCAUGGGUUGGCUUUUACAGCUCCGCCAAUAAAACUACAAUGGACUAUGAUUGGUGGAAGUGGCAGUGGGCGAGGAAAUUUGAACUGAGCACCGAGCUGCACGGCUGUCGGGACAGUGUCGUGUUUGAGUAUCACUCUAAUAUGACGAUUACUCCAGGGGUCCAAGCAAGAUUCAUCCUGCGUGAUGAUGAAGAGCUAGCACGCACUCCCUGCUGGAAGUGAUAAAGACUGCAAAAAAUUCACUGAAGACAAUCUGUAUUGCAUUGAAUGUAUUAUAUAAAGCUGUAAGUUAUUUGCCCUGCUGUCUGACUCACUUUUAUCCUGAAUAAUUACCUCUAAAACUAUGUUUUGCAACAGUACGACUAUCAAAUCAAAGGUUUUUUUGUAAUGCUGUGAGGACAAUGUCAUGCUGAAAACAUUCCUGUUGUCAUUGCUGUCUUCUAGAAAAAAAACUGCCACUUUUAGCUUAUUGCUAUGAUACUGUAUAUAAAAUGGUAAUAAACAGAGUGCUUGAUUGUAGACCAAAUCAACUGUCCUGUUUUAAUAAAAAAAUCUAAAUAAAGAUUAAAAAUGUUUCUGAGUUUAAUGUGUAAAAAACAGUUUGAAAACCAUGCAUCGUGUUCUUUAAACGUCACACUGUUGGUGUAGCAAAUAAAAUGCUGUAAGAAAAUUUGAAUUUUCAAGUUGUAACAUGGCAAUAUGUGGACAAAAUUCAAGUGUUGUGAAUGGUUUGGGAAAACACUGUAGUUUUUAAAUGGAGGGUGAAUAUUAGUAGCAGUCCCUGCAUGUAAGACUUGAGAUCGGUUUUCUGAUUGAAGAUAUUUAACAUUCCUUAAACCUGCUAAGGUUUAGUAAAAGUGUCUUCGUAGUUUCCAUUUCAACAACAAUGGGACUGAUGCUUUCAUAUACUGUUGUAUUUUUUAUAUUCAAAUAAAACUUUGAAAUUAAUCUUU